AUGUCAAGCAACGACGAGAAACCAAGCUACUACGAGUUGCUCUGUGUUGACCCUGGAGCAAACAAGGAUGACAUCAAAAAGGCCUACCGCAAGCAGGCCCUGCUCUUCCACCCUGACAAGAUGAAGCCUCACAUGAAGGAGGAGGCCUCGCAGCACUUCCAGCUUAUCAGCGAAGCAUACGAGGUCUUAUCCGAUGACAACAAGCGCGAAUUGUACGACCGAUACGGACACGAAGGCGUUAAGGCUGGAGGCGAUCCGAACCCACAACCGGAGGCUGGCUUUGGCCCGAACUUUGGACACCGUGAACCAUCUGGCUUCGGUUUCGAAACGCCUUUCUUUGCCUCGUUCGGUAUGCCGGCUCAUCAGUACUUUCAAGAUCAAUUCGCGGGCCACCACCAACAAUUUAUGAGGAACUUUGGGCAACAAAUGGGAUCCACGUUCGGCUCCUUUGGCAUGUUUGGACCUCCGCCUCCUCCCCCACAUCACUACAACCACCAUCUCCACCAUCAUCAAGGCUUCCACAAUGACCCCUUUAUGAACGAUUUCUUCCGUGGAGGCGAUAGUUCAGAGCAAUUUUCACAACCACGACCGACCCUGUUCUCGACUUCACCGUUCGCGGCCCGUGCCGCGCAAUCGGCCAUGUUCCCGGAUUUCGGCAUUGGUGGUGGUGGUGGUGGUGGUGGCAGUGGCGGUUUCAGCAGCUCUUCCACAAGCUCGUCUUCUUUUAGUGGGGGAAUCAGGACUUCGACAAAGACCACGGUCGUGAACGGACAGCGAACCACCAUUACAGAGGUUACGGAUGCGCAAGGCGUGACCACAAAGACCAUCGAGAAACCUGAUGGCACGAGAGAGACCUAUAGCAACGGCGUACCAACAGCGAUCGAGGACUCUAGCCACAAUCAGACACGGAACCUUGGGGGAAACAGGCAACUACCCAUUCUCAUUCCAGAUGACGAGGAAGAUCACGGAGGCAGGCACCGUUCUAGUGGAAACCAGGGUCAACAAUUCAACGUUAAUGAACCUAUCGUGUUGGACACAGAUGAUGAUGAGGUCAUGUAUGAGGAUUUGUCGUCGCAGUCGUACCCGCGUCGAUCGUCAGUCCAUCAAGCACAAAACGAUCCCGGCCUUUACCACCCUCGGAUGGGACGCGGACAGACUCUAGGCGGCUCAUCCACACGAUCAAGAUAUAACAGAAAUUGA